UACUUAACCUGCCCAAAAUUUCAGCAAAGUUACAUAACAAGAAAGAAUUAGAAUAGCAAUAAUAGAAAAAGAAGUAUUAAUUUGAAAUGAUGCAAGUUGCAGCUAUAUUAAUUUGCAUGGAUGAUGACUUAUUUGGCUCCUAUGUAAUGAGAUCAGCUGCCUGCUUUCAAUGGCCAGGUGGGGACUGCUUGACUUUGUUGGUUGUUUCUUAUGCAAACUUAACAUUGACUUUAACUUCAACCACACAUAAUACCUUCAUAAUCUCUGAUCAUUGCCCAAAUUAAUAAUAAGCUGUCUUAAAAUUUAUUUUCUAAGCAUAGAGAGACACAAACCAUAAUAAAAUAUUGUCAAUAAUUAGAAGUGGUAUGAACAAACAUCUUUUGAGGUGUUUGGACGAAUAAAAGAACUUCCAAUUUUGUAAUUUGGAUGAUUCUGCCUUUUCUUUAUAAUCUAGAUUUACUACUUUAUGUAAGAAAAUGGUUACCAAGUCAGAGUCCAAAUUUGCAUGAAAUUAUUUAUCCUCUUUCAGUCCCCACCUUGUCAUCACUACUGAAUUCCAAAGUUAAAAAAUCUUGUAUUAUGAUUAAAUAAAAUUUUUUUUAUCAAUUUGGACAUCCAGAGAAAAGCCUAAUAUAAUCAUGAAAACUGCCAAACCAUAUAGAUACCCUUUUGGAAAAAUGACAUUUUAAAAAGGCUCACAUGCUCCAAUCUCCAUUCAUUGACCUUGAAAGAGUUCUGCAGAAACAAGAUUCACAGUUUCUUCAUUUCUGACAGAAUGCUUUCUGUAGAAUAUUGAAAUCCUGACAAGUUUUGAAGGCCUUGAUUUUUCCGAUGAUUCGAUUUGGCUUGCUGUUUCUGCUGCAUCUCUUUUUUGUGUUCUUUCAUGUUGAAGCACAAGUUAAUUCUGUUGGAGAUGAAGGAUCUCCAAAUUUUCAACCAAGUUUAGCUGUUGUUAUAGGAAUUUUAUGUGUCAUGUUUGCUUUAACUUUUGUUCUCCUUGUCUAUGCCAAAUUCUGUCAUAGAGUAGCUUCUGUUCGUGGUGAUUCUCAGAAUCUUCCUGCACUAAUUAGAUCAACAUCAAGAUUCUCUGGAAUUGAUAAAACAGUGAUAGAAUCACUUCCUUUCUUCAGAUUCUCUUCUUUGAAAGGAUCUAGAGAUGGACUUGAAUGUGUUGUCUGUCUGUCGAAAUUCGAAGAUAUUGAAGUUCUUCGUUUGCUGCCUAAAUGCAAACAUGCUUUUCAUAUUAACUGUGUUGAUCAAUGGCUUGAAAAACAUUCAAGUUGUCCUCUUUGCAGGUGUAAGGUCAGUGCUGAGGACCCCACAAUCUUCACAUAUUCAAACAGCAUGAGAUUCUUAUUUGGUAAUCAAUCUGAGCUUCAAGCAGACUCAAAUGUUGAGCUAUUUGUUCAAAGAGAAGAAACCCAUCGAGGAUCUUCAAGAUUUAGCAUUGGAAGCAGCUUUCGAAAAGUCGAAAAGGGUAACAAAGAUGAAGAAGAUGCAUUAAUUCAAGUAGAAGAAGAAGAAGCUGAUACUUCUCCUGAUGAUGAUCAGACAAAGAUCUUUGAUAAGUUCAAUCACAAGAUUGUACUUUCUGAUGUUGUUCUUAAGAAUAGAUGGAGCAGUGUGAGUUCUUCAGACUUGAUGUUCCUGAGCUCAGAGAUGCUUCAAGAAAUGUCAAGCAACAGAUUCUCUUCUUUGGAUUCAAACAAUGAGGAAUUUACAGCUACGAGAACCAUUGAAGGUAAGCAAAUAAUGAAGAUCAAGGAAGAAAUGGAGAUGAAGAGAUUGUUUGAAAGCAAAUUUAGCUCAAUUAACAACUACCCAUUUCCAGAUCAUCCUUCUACAUCGGAUUCAAAUGCGACAUCAAGUAUUAUGAACUCAGCUGGCAGAAGAUCAGUGUCUGAAAUCACAGCUCUUUCAAGAUUUAGAAAUUUGAGUGUGAAGAAUACAAUUAGAGAGACACUUUCAGGUGGAAACAACACAAAUUUGGAGAGGCAGCAGCGGCUUUGGUUGCCAAUUGCUAGAAGAACAGUUGAGUGGUUUGCCAAUAGAGAAAGAAGAUCUGGGAAAACAAAGCAUACUUUGGAUGUCUAAAAAGAUUGAACUUUCCUUUCUUUUCUUGGGAAAUUUCACAUGGCAUGAAGCUGCUCAAAUUUGAAAAUAGUUUCAGAUUCUGGAAUAGGCUUCUUGAAUAGGAAUAAAUACAGAAUUUUCUUCUUAAUUUUUCA